AUGGACUCUCCGCCAGCAAAGAGCUGGAGCAUCCACAGCCGGCCCGAAAUCAUCGCAAAGUAUAAGAUCCUCGAGCGGGUCGGAUCCGGAGCCUACUCGGAUGUGUACAGAGCCAUUCGACUCUCCGACAAACUCACCGUCGCGCUCAAGGAGGUCCACGACUACCAGUCGGGGUUUCGAGAAAUCGAGGCCCUCCAGGCCCUCCACAGCUGUCCCAACGUCGUCGUUUUGCACGAGUACUUUUGGCGCGAGGACGAGGACGCUGUGCUCGUGUUAGAGUUUUUGACUACUGACUUGGCCACUGUGAUCAGAAGCGCUAAGAAGAGAGAGGGUGGGAUUGGGCGCGGGGAGGUCAAGAGGUGGAUGCUGCAAAUCCUAUCUGGAGUUGACGCGUGUCAUCGGAAUAUGGUGGUCCACCGCGAUUUGAAGCCCAGUAAUUUGUUGAUUGGUGAUAAUGGUGUGCUUAAGUUGGCUGAUUUUGGUCAGGCAAGGAUACUCCUAGAGCCUGGAUAUGUUGCUGAUGAUGAAAACCCUGAACCAUAUGCACAAAGCACUCCCAGCCAAUGUCAAGCAGGGUACAGAGUUCAAGAACAUGGAACUAUGAGCAAAGAAGAAUAUUUUCGAGUGUUAGAUGAGGUGAAGGCGAAAGAACUUGAUAAAGAAACAAGCGUUCCUGAUGGAGAUACAUCUUGUCUAGCAACAUGUACAACGAGUGACAUAGAGGAUGAUAUUUUGAAGGGUUCUUAUUCAUACGAGGCAGAGGAGGGUGGAGAUGAUAGAAAUGGUGCUCUGACGUCCUGUGUUGGAACUCGAUGGUUCCGAGCCCCUGAACUACUCUAUGGAUCCACAGAUUAUGGUUUAGAGAUAGAUCUAUGGUCAUUAGGCUGCAUUUUUGCAGAGCUUUUGACGCUGGAGCCACUUUUUCCUGGAACUGCUGAUAUUGAUCAGCUCAGCAGGAUCAUCAGUGUCCUGGGAAACUUAACUGAGGAGGUGUGGCCUGGUUGUGUUAAACUUCCUGAUUACAGGAUAAUAUCAUUUAAUAAAGUAGAAAAUCCAGUUGGUAUAGAGGCCUGCCUGCAAAACCGUUCCCCGAAUGAAAUCUCCCUGGUGAAGAAACUUAUUUGUUAUGACCCAGCUCGGAGAGCUACGACCAUGGAACUGCUCCAAGACAAGUAUUUCAAUGAAGGGCCUCUUCCAGUUCCUCUAUCUGAGCUGCACGUCCCUCCCACCAAAGAUAUGAGUUCAGACUCUCCCGGUGGCUGGCAAGAAUACGAAGAUAUGGGUACAGACUCUGAUUUUGACGACUUUGCCCGGGUGAAUACGACUGCCACUUCAACUGGUUCAUACAUUCAGUUUUCCUGA